AUUGAGUUCUUGCGUCUAACAAUACAAUCUAAUAUGUAUUUAGCAACAUAAUGGCUAAAUUGACUGGAAGAUUAAGAAAUUGCCCUCCUUCAUCCAAAACCAAGUCAUCAACUGUUUGUUUUACUUUUACAGGUGGUGGAAGAAACCUAUUCAAGUAUUGGCUCUCAAGCACAUGUUCUGAAUACCAUUUAGUGUCUGGAAAAUCAGGAAGAUCUUGUUCACCUGCCCCAUCAUAUCUUUCGAGUUGGCUUUACAACAGUGAGUGCAAUCGUAACCGAAGUCUGUGA